AUGGCGGAGGAGAGAGGCGAGAGCCCGAAUCCCCACACUUCAACGCUCCUGGCAGAGGGUUCAGAGGCGGGAACAAACCGUGGUACUCCGCAGUGGACCGACGAUGACGGGGACCCGCCUGUUCCGUGGCGAGCCCCACAGGGUGUUGUUCGGGACAGUGCGGUGCCAGUUGAUGAAGCAUUCCAGUCAGGUGAGGGUGAAUGGAGAGAGGAAGAGGGCAGUGACGAAGGGCCAGGGGGCAAGAGCGAGGGGGAGGAAGCGGAUCGAGGCGUGGCACGCGGUAGUAUGGAUGACUUGGGCGAAGAAAGUGACCCAGAUGCUUCUCUGUCUCCUGAUGGAGACGACGCAACCCUACUGGUCGACCAUGUCGAUAGAGCUCCCGUUUGGGGAGACGAAGGCGAGGACGCGGACAGUCCGUCACUAGACGAGGAAGGAGAUGCGGGCGAGUACAGUUUAUCUCUAGAUUUUGAGGAUAGCGAUGUGGGGCUGGACCCGCUUCAGGUGACAAGCGACAACGAAGAUCUACUGGAUGAAGGUGCUCUGAAUGAAGACCAGGAGAGUGACGGUACAUUUGACGGCGAAGCGGAGGGAGAGGCGAAAGGAAUUGAGACAGCCCACACAGAGCCAACUUACCAUUUCGUGCGGCGCUACGAUAAUGACCGCGUUCCAGCACCAGGAGAGACGCUCAUCGCUGCGGAAACGCAGGAGUCCUUCCUCUUUGCUUCGACGGCUCAAGGCACCAUUCCUCAGACGGAAGGAGGUGGGAAAUUGAUGCCAUAUUCAAAACGUUUGCCCAACAAACGUCACAAAGAGGAUGACAUGGUUGAGAAUGGUUCGGUCACUAUCUCGUCGCGUGCUCUCUCACCUCGUGGAAAGGCACAAAUUCCAAAACCGCCGAUGGGAUGGAAUUCAUGGAAUCGAUUUGGGUGUGACACAUCGAAGCUGAAUGAGGAGCUUGUCAUGGGCAUAGCGGGGGCACUCAGGGCGUCCGGGCUGCAAGCGGCUGGGUACGAGUAUGUCACGCUCGAUGACUGCUGGGGCAUCAAGAAGGAUGAGGAUAACUCCUCUGGAUCGAGAGGCCCCGCCACCAUGAGCCUGAAUGUCAUGUGCCCGUUUCGAGUCUUCGACAAAGAGCCAGAGUUUCGGUAUGUCGGAUCCGCUGGUCACGAGGAACAGGAUGCGAUGACAUUCCAGUCAUGGGGAGUCGAUUUCUUGAAAAUCGAUGGAUGCUACGCGGAGUCAUCAGAUAUGGAAAUGCUGUACAGACGGUGGUCUCCUGCGUUCGAAAAAGCGGCAGCGACCGAUCCGGAUCACAAGCAGAAAGUCGUCCUCAAUUGCAGUUGGCCUGCCUAUGUGCAGGACCCCUUGAGCUUCAAUUUCACGCUGAUCGGGGAAAUAUGUGAUACGUGGCGCAUUUUUGAAGACAUCCAGGCGACAUGGGAGAGCCUGGCGCAAAUCAUGACCUUCUGGGGCGACAACCAAGGUAUUUUCGCAAAUGUCGUGGCCCCCGGGAGCUUCAACGAUCCAGAUAUGCUGGAGGUUGGAAACGCCAAUUUCUCCGCAGCAGAAGGCAGGACUCAAAUGAGUGUGUGGAGUAUUAUCGCGGCACCACUCAUUCUUGGCAACGACGUACGCAACAUGUCGCUGCAGACACUUCAGAUCCUGGCAAAUCCCAAAGUUAUUGCAGUGAAUCAGGACGACCUGGUUCUUGAGGGUCUCCGGGUGUUCGAAUCUCCGAACACUCUGUCGAUCUGGAUGCGACCGCUCGCUGCCGGUUCAACGGCUGUGGCGUUUGUCAAUCUCUCUUCGCAGCCACAGAACGUUAUCGUGAAGCUGUCUGAGCUGCAGAGAGCCUACUGGCGAAUGUGGGUGCCUUGGAGGCGCCCAAAGCUUCUGCAGCUUGUGGAGAACCUACCGCCAGGAGACAGAGACAGGCUCAUGCAAGUGCAUUUUCCUCCCUUGAGCAACGAUUCCCGAACCUUUCCUAUCGAGUGCAAUGUUAAUGAUCUGUGGCUCGGCCAAAAUUUUGGAUACAUGCAAGAUGACAUUAUAUCCCCCCAUGCCCUGGCUCCUCAUGACACCUUCAUGGUGGUCAUCAGUCGAUGCAAGGCGACGGAAGGGGCUAAUCUACUCCCUCAUUCUACCGAAGACACCCAAGAGGCAGAACUACGAGAAGCAGACGUUCUCAAGGGAGAAGGAAAAAUUGGAAUUGAACAGGACGGCAGUACCCAGAACGCACGCGGAACAAAUGCUGGAGUUGACAGUCCCGCUGGAGAAGUCGCUAGUGCAAGUCAUGCUGAGGAACCAACCAAGGGUACCGUAGGCACCGCAGAACCACCGUCUGACACUGCUGAAGAGCGGAGUCUAUUGAGACGAGCAAUGAAAGAGAACGAGGAGGAAAACAGCGUGGCGGGGACAGGACAAAGCAGUCUGUCCUCUCAUCGUCGUGGCUCGCUGAAGGACCACGAAAUGUAG